AAAAUCAAUCAUAAUUCGUAUCCUGGAAAAGACACGACAUUCAGCUGAUAAGACUGACUGCAUCUCAUGUGGCUGACUCUGAGGCCCAUCAAAAUCAGAAGUGGUCUGGAUUCGGAUUCUAAAGUUACUUCCUCAUCCUUUUACAUUAGCGCUUCGCGUUCACACCUUCCCCUCCCCUCUUCCAGAUCUUCCCGAGAACUGUCGAUCGAGAUGGAGGACAUAAAUUUCUUCAAGCCAUGGGACAGACGAUCUAUCCAGCCCAUUGAACUCUUCCUUGAAUUUGCUGACAGUAAGCGACAAUGAGAAUCACCAACUUUUCCAUCGUUGGGGCCGUGACUGCGACAGCCUUGGUUCUUUCUGCUUGUAGUAUCAGCCAGGCCUUUUCCCCUCCGUUGCGGUCUGUUCCACGAAUCCGUAUCAAUGGUAGACCUUCGCCUUCUUUCCGCUUUGCGAUCAUUCCCGACAAGGAAAUCCAACAGAAGACGAAAAAGGAUACGACUCAAGCGUUUUUCGAUGAAGAGGCCCCAUCACCUCACGAUUCGGGUGCAGGAAUUCCUUACGAGCGUCUUACUAUAGGAGUACUGAAAGAAUCUUUCCCAGGCGAGUGUCGAGUGUCACAAACACCUGACUCGGUCCGAACACUGGUCAAAGAAGGAUUUACCGUCGCCGUCGAAUCUGGAGCUGGCGACAAGGCCUCUUUCAACGAUGCAGCAUACCUAGAAGCCGGCGCGAUUGUCUUAAAAGCCACCCAGAUAUACCAGGAUGCUGACAUUCUCACCAAGGUCCGUCCGCCGAGUGAUGAGGAUGUACCAAAAUUUGCCGGGAAAACUUUAAUUAGUACAAUCCAGCCCGCAAUUAACAGUGAUCUAUACCAUGCUUUGGUGGCGCAAGGGACGAACGUCUUUGCCUUGGAUUGUGUCCCUCGCAUGCUCAGUCGAGGGCAGUCGUACGAUAUUCUUUCCUCUCAGGCCAACAUUGCAGGCUAUCGCGCCAUCGUGGAAGCGGCGGAGCAAUUUCCACGUUUCUUUGCGGGUCAAAUGACAGCCGCUGGUAAGGUACCUCCCGCCAAAAUCCUGGUGCUUGGGGCUGGCGUGGCCGGAUUGGCGGCGGUGCAGACCGCCAAAAAUAUGGGGGCAAUUGUCCGGGCCUUUGACGUACGUUCCAUCUGCAAAGAACAAGUCGAAUCUAUGGGCGCUACGUUUUUGGAAGUCGAUGUACAAGAAGACGGAAGUGGUACUGGUGGAUACGCCAAGGAAAUGAGUGACGCCUAUAAAGCGGCACAGGCCAAGCUCAUGCUAGAGCAGGCCAAGGACGUGGAUAUAAUUGUUACGACGGCCUUGAUUCCUGGCCGCAAAGCCCCUGUGUUAGUAGAUGAAGGGAUGUUGUCGGAGAUGAAGGCAGGAUCCGUCUGUGUGGAUUUGGCCGCUGCGAACGGCGGAAACGUAGCUCUAACUAAACCGGACGAGAUCGUCACAACAGAUAACGGGGUUAAAAUUGUCGGAUACACCGACCUUCCGUCCCGUCUACCUGCGACAGCCAGCAAUCUUUUCGCAAACAAUGUGGCCAAGUUCAUUUUAAGUAUCGGUCCCCAGACAACCAAGGAAAAGAAUCUCUUUCUAAUCGAUUUAGAUGACGAUGCAGUGCAAAAUAUGUUGAUCGCUUACAAAGGAGAGGCCCGUUGGCCCGACAAGAUUAAGCCUUUUAGCCCUCCUCCACUACCAGCCAAAGCCCAGGUAGACGUGCUAUUGACGGAAGAAGAUCCUAUCGUCUCGGCCAAUAAAAAGCAAAAAGUGUCGUUCGUAAAAAAUACUGGCAUUUCGAGUCUUGCUGCGAUUAUUUUGGUUGCCUUUGGUCUUACUACCGAUUCUCCUGAGAGUGUAUCUCUAUUGGCCACCUUUGCGUUGGCUGGCCUCGCAGGGUAUCAAGUAGUCUGGGGCGUUGCACCGGCUCUGCACUCUCCACUGAUGGCCGUAACCAACGCCAUUUCCGGGAUGACAGCAAUUGGCGGCAUGCUUCUUUUGGGAAGUCAUGCGACGGACACCAAGGGUUUAAUUCCAGAUAGCCCAGCACAUUGGCUGGGCGCUAUUGCAACAGCGCUGUCGUUCGUAAAUGUUGCCGGUGGAUUUUUGGUUUCCGGAAAGAUGCUGGAAUUGUUCCGCCGACAGAAUGAGCCGAAGGAUUUCUUUGAACUGUACGCAAUCCCCACGAGUGUUAUUCUUGCAGGAUUGGGUAUAGCUGGCUUCUCGGGAGUGGGAAAUCUAGACACCAUGACCGGCACUGUCGGCAUUGCUUCGGCCAUCUGCUGCAUUGCUGCGAUUGCAGGGCUUGCGAAUCAAGAAACUGCUAGGACUGGAAAUGUUCUAGGUAUGGCAGGUGUAACGUUCGGCUUGGCGGCGGCAACCGGUGAAAUGGCCGUCGCCGAAGCUGCCCCUGCUGCUUUUCAGCAAGUCGGGCUAUUGGGAGCUCUUGGAGGUGGGGUGGGAUUGAAGCUUGCAUCAGGUGUCGGACCGACUGAGCUCCCCCAGACCGUUGCCGCCUUCCAUUCUCUUGUCGGUCUAGCAGCCAUGGCUGGAGCCGCGGGUGAAUUCUUUGCCGGUGACGAUCUGACCACAGGUACUCUCUCGGCGAUUUAUCUUGCCAUCCUGAUCGGAGGCGUUACCUUUACUGGUUCGAUAGUUGCCUUCAGUAAACUUGCCGGUAUCAUGGGCUCGUCCCCAUUGCGCUUGCCUGGGCGCGACCAACUAAACCUUGCAAUGAUUACGACUUGUGUUCUAGGUUUCGCUGCUUUUCUUGACCCCUCUUUGGCUACAAAUCUAGUCAGUAUUGAUCAUGGAACUGUGCAGCUCGUUAGCCUCGGAAUAGUAGCUAGCAUCGCAUCAAUUCUCGGCUAUCAUCUUACAGCAAGCAUUGGUGGUGCGGAUAUGCCGGUUGUCAUUACAAUCUUGAAUUCAUACUCCGGUUGGGCACUGUGUGCAGAGGGGUUCCUGCUUGGCAAUCCUCUUCUGGCACAAGUCGGUGCCCUAAUAGGAUUUUCUGGAGCCAUACUGACUUGGAUCAUGUGCGAGGCCAUGGGAAGAAAUGUUGUAUCCGUUGUACUAGGUGGAGCAGGAACUGCUACGAGCUCGGAAUCUACAGAAACAACUGCAUUCGAAGGUGAAAUUACUACGACCACAAUCGACAACGUUGCUGACGCUCUCAAAGAGGCAAGGACCAUUAUGAUCACGCCUGGAUACGGUCUUGCUGUAGCUCGUGCACAGUUUUCGAUUGCUGAAAUCGCCAAAAAAUUGAAGGAAGAAGGAAAGAAUGUGCGUUUUGGUAUUCACCCGGUCGCCGGCCGUAUGCCUGGCCAAUUGAAUGUUUUGCUUGCUGAAGCUGGUGUUCCGUACGAUAUGGUUUUUGAAAUGGAAGACAUCAAUGAAGAAUUUGCGGAAACGGAUGUAACUCUUGUGAUCGGCGCUUCGGAUACCGUUAGUAGUGCCGCCGAGGACGAUCCCAAAUGCAGCAUCUAUGGCAUGCCCGUCCUUCGAGUUUGGAAGAGUGGCCAUGUUUUUGUCCUGAAGCGGUCUAUUGGCAACACUGGGUAUGCCGGUAUGCAGAAUCCGAUCCUAUUCAAGGACAAUGUCGAUGUUCUUCUCGGCGACGCCAAAGACAGCUGCGAUGCUCUUCGCUCAGCAUUGAUCGACUGAAAAUCAAAUUGUUGAUCGAGUAACCUUACAUUAAUGAAUCGUCC